AUGGCCCCUCUCUAUGAUACACUUUCCAUCCUCCCAGGGGCAGAGACUUCUCUCACGUGUCUCAUUCUUCACGCUUCCCUCGUUCGAAACCGGUUGAUCGCCUCCAGCAAUAUCCAGACCAAGGGGGGCAAAACACUCGCGCCAGAACUUUGGUUAAAAAUCGCCGAAGAACACAAACUUGUCGAAACUGAAGAGUGGAUUGUCGUCAUUUGUGAUGCGAUUUCCAUAGAAAAGACAGACACCGGUGGUUCAGGGAAAAUCCUCACUUGCUACCAAGCUACUCCAAAAGAGGGUUGGAAGUUUGGCAGCUUCGAUUCCAGGGCGGAUGUCGAAAUGGGACAAAAUUGGCUCAACAAUCCAUCACAAAAUACCGAUAUCUGGGUCAUUGACAAGACGAAAAAGUACAAUAUCGAGCUCUAUGAACGCGGCGUUGGCACUAAACCUUGUCUGUACGAACACCCAUUGGUCCCAGAUAUCAUAGCUAGGGUCGAAAAUGGGGACUGUAAAGUCUGUCUCCGCGAAAGAUAUAUUUGCCCUGGAUGCCCAACCGGGGCGCAUUGGUUGGCAAGGCGGUUCGGUGCCUAUAUCGAAUGGAGGAUUCCAAAUUUCGAACUCGAACAGAGUCUCGGGCUCCUCAACCAAGUCCGUUUGCGAUUGAUAUGCCCAUUGUGCAUUGGGAUUGAUAAAAUGGUUGAAGACAAAAUCUGGCUCAACUUUUUUCCAAGGGGAGAGCUGACACCCGUCGGAAAUUCGAGGGCUAUAAAGUGUAACAAGUGGUUCGAAGAGCUUGGAUAUAACUUCCGUUUCGAGAUCCGCGAGCCUGAAAAGGAAGAUCAAGAUGACCUAGAAGAUAUCUCGUCGAGUGGGGAGGAUGAUUUCUCGUAG